AAAUUCACAAUCAUUGCCGUAGACCCUCCGGGUUGGGGCAGAUCCAGACCCCCUGUCAGGGCGUAUAACAAAGAUUUAUAUAGUAAUGAUGUGGACUGUUACUAUAAAUUAAUGAAACAUUUAGGAUACGACAAGUUUCACAUAAUCGGUUGGUCUGAUGGCGCCAUAGCCGGGGCCUGGAUGGCCGCCACACAUCCCGAUGCUGUCGACAGAAUGGCUGUCAACGGGAUUCUGUGGUAUUUGUAUCCGAAGACAUUAUAUGUGUUGAAAUCGACGCGUAAUGUCGAGGGAUGGGGUAAAGAUAGACUCGAGUGCUGUAUGAGAGCCUAUGAUAGUAAAGAGGAUCUACAGAAACUAUGGGACAGACACCUUAAAUUUUGUGAUUAUUUUAACGCUUAUUUCCCUCAAGAUGGUAAAGUCAGUGAUUACGUUAAGAUCACAUGUCCAAUGUUAAUAUUGCACGGGGACAGGGACCCGAUGAGUACGAUAGAGCACCCGGAGGCUUACAUGAAGCACAUAAAGUCGGCAAAACUACACCGAUUCCCAAAUGGCAACCAUGACUUACACCAAAGAUAUUCGGCUUCAUAUAAAAAACUUGUUGAACAAUUUCUGCUCAAUUGAAACA